GUAGUUGUCCUCUCUGCAAUUUCUUCCGGGGGGGUACAAGAUUGGUUGAAGGCGGAAUCUUCGCCACAACUCACAAACAACUUCAGUUGUCUUUUUCAGGUUUCGCUUGGCCAUAGAGCUACCUCUCCUCUCCAUGUUGCUGUGUCGGGUUUCGGCAGUAAGCCGGACGUUCGCGAGUUGGGGACGGGGGUCACUCAGGGGAGGCGGCCUCCUACACCGUGCUCUCUCCUUCAGCUCAAGCCGCUGUCAUGAUGUGAUGUCAGGAGAAGGCAGGUGUCAGUCCGCAGAGACAGGCUCUGCUCAGGCACUGUACCAAGACACAAUUCUCCUUCCACGGACUAAAUUCCCAAUGAAGCUAACCGGACAGAAGCUGCUGGACCGGGAGCUCGAGAUUCAGCAGAAGUGUGGAUUUGCAGAUUUGUACUCCUGGCAGAGACAGAGGAAGGCCAAGAAGGAGUUCUGUCUUCAUGAUGGACCGCCUUAUGCCAAUGGAGACCCUCAUGUAGGACAUGCACUCAAUAAGAUCCUGAAAGACAUCCGUAACCGUUUUGAGAUGCUGAGGGGGCGACAGGUCCACUACAUCCCAGGCUGGGACUGCCAUGGCCUGCCCAUCGAGCUGAAAGCUCUGGGGGAGUCGGCAACCAGCGGCCUUGACCCGCUGCAGAUCAGACGUAAAGCGCGAGCGUUUGCUGAGCAGGCCAUAGCUCGUCAGAAGGCUGCUUUCCAGCGCUGGGGGGUGAUGGCCGACUGGGACCAGUGCUACUACACGUAUGAUGGGGCCUAUGAGGCGUCUCAGCUUGAAGUUUUCCAGGAGAUGCACAACAAGGGGCUCAUCUACCAGGACUACAAGCCAGUCUUCUGGUCUCCCUCAUCACGAACGGCCCUAGCAGAGGCAGAGUUGGAAUACAACCCCGAGCAUGUGAGCAGAGCCAUCUAUGCCACAUUCCCCCUGAUCACACUUCCGCCUAAGAUAACCUCAGAAGCAGGUCUUGGAAGUGUCUCCGUGUUGGUGUGGACCACCCAGCCUUGGACCAUUCCUGCAAACCAGGCUGUCUGCUACAUGCCCAACGCCCAGUACUCUGUGGUGAAGAGGGCCGACAACUCUCAGCUGCUUUUAGUGGCAACAGAGCGCACAGCCAGCGUGGCUGCACUGCUGGGCACAGAGCUGGAGAGUGUGGGUGUCUUCACAGGCUCCCAACUUGAGGGUGGGAUUUGCAAACAUCCCACAAUUCCUGACAAGGAAGUGCCACUGUUGCCAGCGAAUCAUGUGACUAUGGCAAAAGGAACAGGAUUGGUCCACACAGCGCCAGCUCACGGCAUGGAUGAUUACAGUGUUGCUUCACACUUUAAACUGCCUGUGGAGUGUAUGGUGGAUGCGGACGGCAAGUUCACUGAAUUAGCUGGUCCUGAGCUACAGAAUCUGUCUGUGAUGACACAUGGGACGGACAAAGUGAUUUCCAUGUUGCAGAAGUGUGGGGCUCUGGUGAAGGAGGAGCAGUGUGUCCACAGUUACCCAUAUGAUUGGAGGACAAAGCAGCCUGUCGUCAUCAGGCCCAGCAAACAGUGGUUCAUCAACACGGCCUCACUAAAAGACAAGGCCAAGGAGGCACUGCAGAAAGUGCGUAUUUUGCCAGAGUCAGCCCGGGGCAGCCUGCUCGCCAUGCUGGACAGACGGACCUACUGGUGCAUCUCCAGACAGCGAAGUUGGGGCGUCCCGAUCCCUGUCUUCUAUCACAAAGAGACUGGAGAGGCUCUCAUCAACAAAUACUCAGUGUCUCAUAUAGGAAAGCUGUUCAAAGAAAAGGGCAGUGACUGUUGGUGGGAGCUUCCCAUUGAGACUUUGCUGCCAGCAGAGGUGCUUAAGAAGACUAAAUCAGGUCCAGUGACAGACUAUGUUCGUGGAGAAGAUGUUCUUGACAUCUGGUUUGACAGUGGAGCAUCGUGGGCUGCUGUACUAGAAGAGGAGAUAGAGGGAGACACUGAGGAGCCUGAGUCCCGUCUCAGCUGGCUCCCUGCUCCACUCCGCAAACCCCUGGUCACAGAGUCAGACUCCAGGGCUGAUGUGUAUGUGGAAGGGAAGGACCAGAUUGGAGGCUGGUUUCAGUCCUCGCUGCUCACCAGCGUAGCUGUCAGGAGCAAAGCACCUUACAAGUCACUGGUGGUCCAUGGCUUUGCUGUCAGUGAGAAGGGAGAGAAGAUGUCCAAGUCUCUGGGCAAUGUUGUGGAUCCUGAUGCAGUCAUUAAUGGAGGGAAGGACCCCAGUAUGCCAGCCUAUGGGGCAGAUGUGCUGCGUUGGUGGGUGGCAGAGUCAAACGUCUUCUCUGAGGUUCAGAUUGGACCCACUGCUCUCAACGUAGCCAGAGACAACAUCAACAAGUUGAGGAACACUCUGAAAUUCAUGCUUGGUAACCUGCAGGGCUUCGACCCUCGCGUGCAUGCUGUGGACCCCAAAGAGAUGCACUACAUCGAUCAGUACAUGUUGCACCUGCUGCGCGAGUACAGUAUCAAGGUGACAGAUGCCUACGGUGAGUUUGAUGCUGGCAGGGUCAUCCGAGUCCUCCAAGCCUUCAUCACCAGAGACCUCUCCAGCUUCUACUUUAGCAUAAUCAAAGACAGGUUGUACUGUGAUCCAGAGGACUCACUGGGCAGAAGAUCAUGUCAGACAGUUUUAGAGGAAAUUCUCGAUGGAGUGACCAGAUCCAUAGCUCCCAUCCUGCCACAUCUAGCUGAAGAAGUCCACCUACAUGCACCAGGACAUGACGAAGAGGGGACGUUAUUCAAGAGCGGCUGGAUUAAAAGUAGUUCCGUUUGGCGGCGACCAGGAUUGGAGGAGGCAGUGGAAGGGGCAUGUGCCAUCAGGGACUCCUUCCUGUCUUCCAUUCCAGGCAAACAUCCAGCUAAGUUUGACCUCACUAUUGCCAUUGAACCUGGUUUGCUGUUUGAACUCAUGGAGUCUCUCCAAGAAGAGCCCACCUCCACCUCCUCACAGCUGGCUGAGCUGAUGAUGGUAGCACGAGUCAACCUGACCAGUGAGCUUCCCCGCGACCUGCCCCCAGACGCCCAGCUCAGCCAUGGGACCUUCCUCAUCAAUCUGGAGGGUGGUGUUAUCCGUGAAGACAGUCCCUACAGUAUAGCAAUGGUGCCCACUGCUGCUGCCCGGUGCCCGCGGUGCCGCCGCUACACUGCAAAGUCAGCAGACUGCCUGUGCCUGCGCUGCCAGACCGUCAUUUCACAGGCUCAGAGAAGGGUCUAGAUACUGUAUCACCCUGACGACCAGCAAACAUCACUUUGGCUGUUGCGUUUUCCUGCUUCCCAUGAAUUUGCUUUGUAGGGCUGAAUAUCACGCAGGUUUUACAAUUAUUGUCUCUGUUUGCUGAGAGAUGUUAACUGUUAACUGACUCGAGAUCAGUCCAGUUCUCUCUCACUGCAGCCUGGCACAGGACUGGCAUUGUAAUGACCUGAUGGCAGGUAAGCUAUUGCUAUUUCUCAAUGUGCUUCACACUUCACUGUAAAGUACUUUCCUUGAACAACCUUUUCAAACUCUAAAACCAAAAUGUCCACAGUGGUUUUGGCCACUUGGCUGUGGCAACAGUGUGCUACUUACACAUGUGGUCUAGCAUGAUAGGAUUCUUUACUGUGUUUAGAGUUGGGAACUGGAGAUAUUGAUUUGAUCUUCAGUGUGGAAGGGAUGCUAUUAAAUGGAGCUUAUGAUUUUUAAAUGUGUAAAUACAUUGAAAAAGAAUUAACUACCAUUGAGUGUCACUGUGUGACAACAGUUGAGAGAAACCUUUUAUAUAUUGGGUGUGGGUAACUUGUCAGUGCCUACCUUUGUAUAAGAAAUUCUUUUCCUAGUAAACUUAAAUAAUUGAAGGUGUAGAAAAAUAUCUGUACAUUGAAAAUAAAACAAGUUUCAUCUCUGAA